AUGAAAGAGCUCGCCGAGCAAGAACUCAAGAUCCUCGAAGCUCAACACCCGACUCGAUUUCAACUUCUGAAGCUCGAGCUCAAAUCAUUCAUACAGCUUUUCGAUGAAGAAGAACAACAACAAUCUUUCGAACGAAAACAGCAGCAGCAGCAGUUUCAUCUAUCUAUCCUCACUCAAGAGUCGUCAAGUAGGAAACGGGAGAGGAUGAAGGUAGAGAGGGAAGAAGGGAAGACGAAAAGAUCAGGAAGAAGAAGAAGAGCAGAAGAAGGAAUAAGUGGCGCCAUUCAGAAAGCUGAAGCAUGUCUUCGAAAGAUUGAAGCUUUAAAGUCUCUUUUUAGGUCUUCUAAUGGAUAA